AUGGCCAACUACGUAGCAAUCUUGGAGGACGAGAUUGCCAACAUUAACCACCUCCUAGCGUCGAUUCCGUUCUCGCCCAAUGCUGAACCCACCCAUGAGUACUUCUUGAACGUUUACCGGUUGAGCAGACGGUCAUUGGUGCAACUUAAUGAACAGCCUGAGAAGUUUCCCAUCGACUCCAACCGGUUGUUGAAGCUCGGAAUCUCGCUCGGCAACCUCAUCAAGACGUUGCAGCUCGACGAGGAGCUCCAUCGCCAGCAGCACCAGCAGCAAAAGACAUUUUUGUCCAAUUUGAACGGGGCCAAGGGCUCGUCCCCAGCCGCUAAACUCGUGGGCGCUGGAAGUUCAGAGUACAACCCGUUCACCGAGCCACUGCCACCCACACAGAUCCCCAAGCACAUCAUCAAUACCACCCCACAGUCGCAGCCGGUGUACCAAAUCAAAUUCAUCAAAAACUUGCUCCUUUUGUUGAAAAACUUCGACAUUGGCGGAAACGCCAGCGCCCCUCAGAUGAACUCAGUCAACUUGCGGUUGCAUGAGCUUUCCAACAGCCAGUCCAGCUCCACCAUCAACCAGCAGCUUAAUGGCAGCGACGGCUCGGGUGGGCCUGGGGCUUCGUCAGAAAGCAGUCACAACGCGUCGCCCAUCAAAAUCAACUCCAAGCAGCUCCUCAUCGAAAAGUUGGAGAUCAACAUCAAGCUCGACAAUCUAUUCAUAUACAAGGUGCUAUUUAAAAUGAUACUAAGGAUAUUCGAAAUCUUACGACAAAACUUAUUGGCCAACAACAUCAACGAGCCUGCCAUCAGCAGAACCUCCUCCAACAGCGAGUAUGAGGAAAACUCGUCCAUAUUCUCGUCCACCUCGGCCAACUCCAGCGACUCCAGCUCGUUGAUUGCUGUUGACGAGUACCUCAAGAUUCUCAAGCAGAUCUUGAACCGGAUCUUGUUCGGAUUGGUUGAGCCGUUCGUCAAGUUGGUGUUGAAUGGCUUGAUGGAAAACAGUAUCCAGAACGACUUCAACAAGUUGAUUAAUAGUUUGUAA